AUGGGCAUUGCCACCGAGACAGGACUCAUGAUCGAAGUCGACGACAUCUUGGACGAACUGCAGACCCUGAAGCUAGUUUUGACGGGUCAAAAGACUGUGAUUGAAGACCUCAACAGGACUCUCAAGGUAACAGCAAAUGCUGGCGGUAAAUGCCCGUCUGUCGAGAUGAGAACUUUGAACAACCACCUCGUACGGAUCGAGCAGAUGGAACAAGCAGCUAGGAAAGUGGAUAAGUUGCUAAAUCGCCUAAUCGAUCUUAAGCAGAAGCAGGCUAGCUUGACCGAAGCUUUGUAUGUCCGAGAGUCAGCUAUAGACACUGCUCGACAGGGAAAGAUUGUAAUUGUCUUCACAGUUGUGACCAUUCUUUUCGUAAGUCCGCAUAUCCUUGCCCUCCCGGCCAACCUCCCGGCGCCAGAUAAGAACGUACAUUAA